AUGGAACUUGCAUUGUCUUUGGAAAGGCUGAAUAAUGAGAAGCUUCUAAAUUUACACAGCUUAGCAAGUGAAAACAACGAUGCUCAAUUUGUUGACUUUCUUGAAAGCGAGUUUUUGGUUGGUCAGGUGGAAGAUAUUAAAAAGAUCUCAGAAUAUGUGGCUCAGUUAAGAAGAGUGGGCGAAGGACAUGGUGCUUGGCAUUUUGAUCAGAUGCUUCUAAAUGGAGGUGCAGCUGCAUGA